GCAUUGUCAGUUGUAGGUUCGGCAACGUUGGGUGAAUAUUGUCGCGGGAACCUCCAGUUUAACACGUGGGCUCUAUAGGGAAGGAGCUAUUGUCUGUCGAGGAAAUGUCUGCGAAAUUAGAGACCUGUAGUCUCUUGUUAGAAGAUGGAACUGUCUUCACCGGUAAUAUGUUUGGGGCCAAGACCCCUGUUGAUGGAGAAGUCGUUUUUCAAACCGGUAUGGUGGGAUAUCCUGAAUCCCUGACAGAUCCUUCUUAUCACAGGCAGAUCCUGGUACUGACUUAUCCCCUCAUUGGGAACUAUGGAGUUCCUUCAGAUGAGAAAGAUUGUUUCGGCUUGCCAAAAUUCUUUGAAUCAAGAAAGAUAUGGCUUGCUGGACUUAUUGUCGGAGAGAUUUGUGAAAAGCCAAGCCAUUGGCAAAUGGCGAAAACUUUAUCGGAUUGGAUGGUCGAGUAUGGCAUACCUGGUAUCACCGGAAUCGAUACGAGAGAACUGACAAAAAAACUUCGAGAACAUGGAUCAAUGUUAGGAAAGAUUUUUUGCGGUGUAGCUCCUCCCCAAAAGCCUGAGUUCUGUGAUGUUUAUAAGUUGAAUUUAGUUUCCGAAGUUUCAAACCAGGAUAGAACUGUAUAUAAACCUCUUCCUGGAAAUGACAUUUCUCUCAAAAUUCAUGCUAUUGAUUGCGGUUUGAAAUAUAAUCAGAUACGAUGUCUUCUGAAGAGAGGAGUUACGGUUGAAACUAUUCCAUGGAACGGCCCGUUCGGAGACGAUUCCUACGAUGGAUUGUUUAUCACCAACGGACCAGGGGACCCAGCGAGCAUCACCCAAACAAUAACGAUGAUCAAGGAGGCUAUUCUAAAGGGAAAACCAAUCUUUGGUAUUUGCCUUGGUCACCAAUUGUUAGCUAUUGCUGCCGGGGGCACAACUUUUAAGAUGAAAUACGGAAACAGGGGUCAUAACCAACCUUGCAUUCAUAAAGAUACUCAUCGCUGCUAUAUGACUUCUCAGAACCACGGUUUUGCAGUCUGUCCCGACAGUGUUCCAAAAGACUGGGAACCAUUGUUUACUAAUGCUAAUGAUUUAACAAACGAAGGCCUAAUCCAUGCGACAAAGCCAUUCUUUAGCGUGCAGUUUCACCCCGAACACUGCGCAGGACCUGAGGAUUUGGAGUGCCUGUUCGACGUGUUCGUAGCAGCAGUUAAAGCUUACAAAAACUCACAAUCCUCAUUUAAUUUGAAGCGUUACAUCUCUGACACUUUACAAUACAAACAGAAUUUUGUUAUUAAAAAGCCCACAAAGGUGCUGAUACUUGGUUCUGGAGGUUUGUCGAUCGGGCAGGCUGGUGAAUUUGAUUACUCAGGUUCACAAGCAAUCAAGGCACUUCACGAAUCGAAGAUACAAACUGUCCUGAUAAAUCCAAACAUAGCGACUGUGCAGACAUCGAAGGGGCUAGCCGACAAGGUCUACUUCUUACCGCUGUUACCCAAUUACGUGGAACAGGUGAUUCAUUCAGAACGUCCAGAUGGUAUCCUUCUUACAUUUGGAGGUCAGACAGGACUCAACUGUGGUGUGGAACUCCAAAAGAGUGGUGUUUUCGAAAAAUACAAUGUUCAUGUCCUGGGAACACCGAUUCAGUCCAUCAUUGAAACAGAAGACAGGAAGUUGUUUGCUGAGAAGAUUGCCGAGAUUGGUGAGAAAACUGCACCGAGCGUUGCUGUUUACAACAUCAAUGAAGCCUUAGAAGCGGCGAGGAAGCUGGGCUAUCCAGUCUUAGCACGAUCAGCUUUCUCUCUCGGUGGUCUCGGUUCUGGCUUUGCCAACAAUGAUGAAGAAAUGAAAACGCUGAGCCAGCACGCGUUCGCUCACUCGAGUCAGCUGAUAAUUGACAAAUCCCUGAAGGGUUGGAAAGAAGUUGAAUAUGAAGUCGUUAGGGAUGCUUUUGACAACUGCAUUACUGUUUGUAACAUGGAAAAUGUUGAUCCUUUGGGGAUACAUACCGGUGAGUCUAUUGUUGUCGCUCCGAGUCAGACUCUGACCGACCAUGAGUACAACAAGCUGCGGUCGACAGCUCUGAAGGUGGUGAGGCACUUCGGCAUUGUUGGCGAGUGCAAUAUCCAAUAUGCCCUUAGUCCUACUUCAGAGGACUAUUACAUCAUCGAGGUUAAUGCUCGCCUUUCUCGUAGCUCUGCACUUGCCAGUAAGGCUACUGGUUUUCCUCUCGCUUAUGUCGCAGCUAAAUUGUCUCUCGGCCAAUCACUUGUCGACAUCAAAAACUCUGUCACUAUGACAACUACGGCUUGUUUUGAACCUUCAUUAGAUUAUUUAGUCGUAAAGAUUCCUCGCUGGGACUUGAGCAAAUUUUCAAGAGUCAGUACUAAAAUUGGCAGCUCUAUGAAGAGUGUCGGCGAGGUUAUGGCUGUAGGUAGAAAGUUCGAGGAGGCAUUCCAGAAGGCGAUGAGGAUGGUUGAUGAAAAUGUUAUAGGCUUCGACCCCUAUGCCAAGGUAGCUUGCGAUGAAGAGCUCGAACAGCCGACUGACAAGAGGAUCUUUGUCCUUGCCGCGGCUCUAAAAGCUAACUACUCGAUAGAUAAACUGUACGAGUUGACUAAAAUAGACAGGUGGUUUCUCCAUAAGCUGAAGAAUAUCAUCGAGAUGCAGACGCACCUGGAGUCGAUCAGUCAGCCCAACUUAACUCCUGAGGAAUUGCUAGCUGCCAAGCAGCUUGGCUUCUCCGACAAGCAAAUCGCUACCUUUGUCAAAAGCACAGAAUUAGCAAUCAGGAAGAAGCGAGGAGAUUUCGGAGUAACUCCUUUUGUGAAACAGAUCGACACUGUCGCAGCUGAAUGGCCUGCCUCUACUAAUUACUUGUAUAUUACUUACAAUGGUCGUUCCCAUGAUAUUGAUUUCCCUGGAGGUUACACAAUGGUUAUUGGGUCUGGAGUUUAUAGGAUCGGCUGUUCUGUGGAAUUUGAUUGGUGCGCUGUUGGUUGCCUCAGGGAAUUAAAGAAGUUGGGAAAAAAGACUAUCAUGGUCAACUAUAAUCCGGAAACUGUUAGUACUGAUUAUGAUAUGUGCGACAGGUUGUACUUUGAAGAAAUAUCAUUUGAGGUUGUAAUGGAUAUAUACUCUGCUGAAAAUCCUGAUGGUAUUAUCCUUAGUAUGGGUGGACAACUGCCCAAUAACAUUGCAAUGGACCUUCACCGCCAGCAAGCGAGAAUCCUAGGUACUUCUCCUGAGAGCGUUGAUGGUGCUGAAAACAGAUUUAAAUUCUCGAGAAUGUUAGACAGAAUCGGCAUCUCCCAACCCAGGUGGAAAGAACUAACAAAUUUGAAGUCAGCCAUCGAGUUCUGUGACGAGGUAGGUUACCCUUGUUUAGUGAGACCCUCUUAUGUCCUGAGCGGUGCUGCCAUGAAUGUUGUCCAUUCCGAGCGAGACCUGGAAGAUUACCUCAACCUUGCUAGUGAAGUCAGCAAGGAACAUCCAGUCGUCAUUUCCAAAUUCCUCCUUGAAGCUAAGGAGAUUGAUGUCGACGCAGUGGCUUGUGAUGGGAUGAUACUCUGCAUGGCUGUUAGCGAACAUGUCGAGAACGCUGGUGUCCACAGCGGAGAUGCUACUUUGGUCACUCCACCGCAGGACAUCAACCAAGAAACUCUUAAUAAGAUUUUGUCAAUAUCCAGAGCUGUGGCUGGUUCACUAGAGGUGACCGGUCCUUUCAAUAUGCAGCUUAUUGCCAAGGAUAACGUAUUGAAGGUGAUAGAAUGCAAUGUCCGUGUUUCAAGAUCAUUCCCAUUCGUCUCUAAAACUCUUGAUCAUGAUUUUGUGGCAACUGCGACCAGAGUGAUAGUUGGAGAACAGGUUGAGCCUGUCGAUGUGCUGAUGGGAUGUGGAAAAGUGGGAGUUAAGGUUCCAGUGUUCUCCUUUUCACGUCUUGCAGGUGCAGAUGUGAUGCUUGGUGUAGAAAUGGCCUCUACGGGUGAGGUAGCCUGCUUUGGAGAUAACCGGUACGAGGCAUACCUUAAAGCAAUGAUGAGUACUGGCUUCAGAAUCCCUCAGAAUGCGAUUUUGCUCUCCAUCGGCAGCUUCAAGCACAAAGCCGAAUUGCUGCCCAGUAUGAAGUCGCUUCAGAAGAUGGGUUACAAGCUCUACGCCAGUAUGGGUACAGCUGAUUACUACACUGAACACGGUGUCCAUGUCGAACCUGUGCAAUGGACAUUCGAAAAUAUUGGCGAGGCCACUACCAGCGGCGAGCUGAACCACCUGGCCGACUUUUUGGCUCGCAGAGAUUUCGAUCUCGUCAUCAACCUUCCGAUGAGGAUCCGUGGUACUCGAAGGGUCUCCUCGUUCCUGACCUACGGCUACCGCACUAGGAGGCUUGCAGUCGAAUAUAGCGUGCCUCUUGUAACUGAUGUCAAGUGUGCCAAGUUAUUAGUUGAGGCAAUGUUGCGAAUCAAGCAAGAGCCUCCGAUGAAAACGCACACAGAUUGCCUCACUUCGAGGAACAUCAUCAGAUUGCCAGGCUUGAUCGACGUUCACGUUCACGCGAGGGAGCCUGGUGCGGAGUACAAGGAGGACUUUGCCAGCUGUACAGCAGCAGCCCUCUCGGGAGGUCUCACACUUAUCUGCGCAAUGCCGAACACUAUUCCUGCCUGCGUUGACAAGGAUACGUUUGCUGUUGUUAAAGAACUGGCCGGAAGCAAAGCCCAUUGCGACUAUGCUAUAUUCUUAGGCGCUACAGAAGACAAUUACAAUUUCAUAACGGAGCUAGCUCCUCACGCUGCUGGUCUCAAGAUGUACUUGAACGAGACAUUUAAUACACUGAGGCUUCCUGAUCUUACAUUUUGGAUAAAGCAUUUCGACAACUGGCCCAAAAAAUACCCACUCUGCGUACAUGCCGAGGGACAGACAACUGCUGCUGUACUCUUGUUGGCAACACUACACAAUCGACCGAUCCAUGUCUGCCACGUAGCUAGAAAAGAAGAGAUACAAAUCAUUAGAGCAGCCAAAGAAAAGGGACUCCCUGUAACAUGUGAGGUUUGCCCCCAUCACCUUUUCCUUACUGGAGACAUAGCUAUCGAGCGACUUGGUCCUAACAAAAGUCAGGUACGACCAGUCCUCUGCUCUGAAGAGGAUCGUCAGGCUCUUUGGGACAAUUUAGAUAUCAUCGACUGCUUUGCUACUGAUCAUGCACCACAUACGAUUGAAGAGAAGACAAGCGAGAAUGCGCCUCCUGGAUUCCCAGGCUUGGAGACUAUCCUUCCCCUUCUGCUGACAGCGGUCAACGAAGGCAAGCUAACUAUUGAAGAUCUGAUCGACAAAAUGCAUCGUAAUCCACGAAGAAUCUUCAGCCUGCCAGAACAACCGAAUACAUACAUUGAGGUAGAUAUGGAUAUGGAAUGGACUAUUCCAGACUGUCCACCAUUUAGCAAAGCUAGAUGGACUCCGUUUGCAGGCAUGAAGGUUAAAGGCAGCGUUCAUAGGGUUGUCCUCAGGGGAGAGGUGGCCUACGUCGAAGGAAAGGUACUAGUGAACCCAGGUUUUGGCCAGGAUGUGCGAGAGAUGAAGGCUCCUAAAAUAGUCACUCUUUUGUCUACGCCAGAGCAAAUUCCCAGCCGCCCUGGUUCUGUUCUGGAUAUGCACGAUAAGCACCAUUUCGAUCAUGAACAUUUGAAUGUAUCUUCAGCUCUGGAAGGCCCUGCCCAUAGGUGGAGCGGCAGUGGCGACAUAUCUAUCCGUCCGCUAUCACCGAAUCUGUUCCCUCCGACCAAAGCUAAGCCGUUGGACAGUGUAAUCGCAAGGCCUACUCACUGCCUUCAACACCAGCAUGUCCUAUCAGUCAACAUGUUCACUAAGGAGUCUCUCAAUGAGAUCUUUAAUCUUGCCCAGGCCUUCAGGACAUAUGUACAAAAGGAAAGAAGUAUCGAUCACUUGCUCAAGGGUAAGAUAAUGGCUUCUAUUUUCUAUGAAGUUAGCACAAGAACCAGUUGCAGCUUCUCAGCUGCAAUGCAUCGCCUCGGAGGAAGUGUGAUCUACGUUGACAGCCAAAGCAGUUCGGUUCAGAAGGGAGAAUCUCUCGAAGAUACUGUGAACGUAAUGGCUGGCUAUUCAGAUGUCGUAGUCAUCCGGCAUCCGGAGCCAGGAGCUGUUAUGAGGGUUGCUCAGCACUGCCGGAAACCAAUAUUGAACGCUGGUGACGGCACUGGUGAACACCCUACUCAGGCGCUGUUGGACAUUUUCACGAUCAGAGAAGAAAUUGGAACAGUAAAUGGUCUGAUAAUAACGUUGGUUGGCGACCUUAAACAUGGAAGAACAGCUCAUUCUCUGGCUAGAUUGCUGACUCUAUAUGAUGUCCAAUUGCGCUAUGUUACGCCUCCUGGCCUCGGAAUGCCAGAAGAGAUUACAGAGUUUGUCAGAAAACAGGGAAUUCCUCAAAGUACUAUAUCUUCUCUGGAAGACGCUCUUCCUGAAUCAGAUGUCGUUUAUAUGACGCGCAUUCAGAGGGAAAGGUUCGCUUCCGAAGAAGAAUAUAAUAAGGCCUGCGGAGUGUUAGUGCUGACGCCUCAGUUGAUGACUCAAGCGAAACGCAAAAUGGUGGUGCUCCAUCCGCUACCGAGAGUAUUCGAAAUAUCUCCCGAGCUGGAUUCUGAUCCUAGAGCAGCCUACUUUAGACAAGCAGAGGGUGGGGUCUACGUUCGCAUGGCCCUCCUAGCAAUGGUUAUCGGAAAGUGUUAAGUACCUACCUACGUUGCCUUUGUAGGUUGUAUUAUAAAUGAAUUUUUAUAUGGCUGUAUUGUGUAAAUAUAAAUUUUGAUAAUUUUAUAUUAACAACCCGUUUUCUUCUUUUUGCAAUACUUUUAUUUUGAUAAAUUAAACAAAAUAAACAUAUCUUUAGAAUGAGUUAACUGUUCUUUUUACAAUUUUAUAUAUGUUGUUCAAUUUAGAACUGGUAGAGUGAUUUUUUAUAUAAAAUAAAUUUUAUGAGUUUUGUAUGGAAUUUUAGAUAUAGUUAAUAGUGUUGUGUAGUGAAAGUAGCUUCGUCAAUAUUUAUGUAGCCAAUAUCUCAUUUAUAAAAUGAGUUACGUUUUACAAAAAUGGAAUAGACGAAUUAUAUAAUGAAUUUUUUUAUGGUUUAUGAAAAGAAAUUUGAAGAGUUACAUUUAAUGAUACAAUGUUAGUUUGUUAAAAUUUAUUGUUUACCUUUAUAAUUUUUAAAUAUGUAUGAUGUAUGCAAUUUCAAUUUUGUUAUAAUGCUAUCUCAAGACUGAAGAUUCAAACCUGCCGAAUUACUAACCAGUGUUGAUAAUUGUAUCUUAUUUGUUUUAACAUUCCAUAUAUAUUUUUUAUUAUUUUCUAUGUUGUUAUAUAUGUUCUAUAUAUAUUUAAAUUAUAUUAUAACUAGCAUUUUUUUUUUUUUUGCUAGGAACUGAUUUGAUCAUUCUGUUUCUGAUAUGAAAAAUUUUAUUGAUUGUUAUUUCAAAGGCAAGGAAAUUAUUUACAAUAGGAAUUGAUAUGGUUUAUUUAUUUUUAAAUAAGUAUUUAAUUGGAAUAAAUUUUGUUCUGAAAUGUAA